AUGGCACUCACGACUCCCACCAAUGCGCAUUUCCCCCGCUUCGACCCCCCCAUAGAUUUCGACUCACAAUCUCCAUCACGAUCCCCCCGCCGCAAAGCCUUUGCAAUCAAGGAAUUGGAUCCAUUGCUUGCAAAUCUUUCCCCAGACUCCACUCUGAAAGCCCUGAGGACGACUGAGACAAUACCCGGCGGCGCCGCGCAGGAUGCUCUCACAACGAGCAUAGCUGAUGCUUCCUCCUCCGAACGAGAAAUUGGUAUAAGAGCCGCUUUCGCCGCACAGAAGUUGCGGGAAUGGAGGACUGAGGUGACUCAAUGGAAGUGGCCAAACAAGAGAGAAAGAGCACUCGGUUUGGGUUUCACAACUCCACAGAACACGGAGAGUUCGCGUCUCGAAUACUUGGGUUCUCUACCCAUUGAUCUCGUUGACCAAUACGAAGGGAGACUGGAUGAAAUUAGAGAUGACCUUGAUAGUCUAGGUAUUGAGGAGAUCAAGGAUCAUGUCCUCGAAGCCCAUGUUCCUGCAACAAAGUCGGAUUCCACCACCAAAAGACCCAUUGGUGUCCGCACUAGCUAUGGAAGGAUGCGAGAUUUCACUGCUCUCAUUACCGCAACUGUCAUCCAAGCCCUUCCUGAUCUUGCUAAAUUGAAUAUUCUCCUCGACGAAUGGGAUAUUCGCUUGAAGGUACUACGAAACCUUCCCAAAUUUCGCCUAGUCUUGGCUACUGUCCAAUCGGGCAUUCAGUCUGCUAUGCAAGAACUUCAUGAGCCCGAUUUGUCACGAGAUAUAACAGAUGUCGCAUACGACAACAAGAAAGCUGUCUUAGGUGAGCAGGUGGCAGAACUUGGACGGAGAGCAGAUCGACUUUUGGACAUCCUAGAAGGCCAUGAAGACUCGCUUCCACAGAUCUGGAUCGAUAGAUUGGAGAAAAUUGAGCUUGACUACGCAACGUGGGUGGUCGAUGCUCAUCGCGCCGUCUUGAAGAACAACUUAUCGCCAUCCCAUACCUCCACGCCUGUGAAGGACGCCAUCUCUCAAGGUAAAGUCGUUGCACCAUUCGAAAGUGCGAACUCCACUGUGCCUGAGCCUGGUGCUCCACACGUACCUGCAACUCUCGAACCCGUAGGGCACGUGCCACCAGAAUCCGGCACAUCGACUGCAACAGGGCUCGAGCCGGAACCGAAGGCAAAACGAAAACCUUCAUUGACAAUCGCCCUACCAGAAGUUAGGGGACAUAAGAGAGAAGCCUCAAAAGUAUCGGUCGCCGACUCGACUUUCUCAGCAUUUUCGGAUAUAUCUAAUGCUGAGAUCAUUGAUGUCACAAGGACUAGUGUCUUACCAAGCCCAAAAAUCAAUGUUGUUGAGAAUCCUUUGAAGCCAAAUGGCGAAGACUCGGUUUGGUUCGGCAACCAACCUGUUGCCAAAAGUCAGGAUGGUCCUAAACCGCCAAUGCUUCAGCGGGCUUCAACCACUUCAAUUGAAGUGGUCCCUAAUCAUCAGCUGAGAAGAGUCUUGUUGACAAGAUCUGCAAGUUGGGACAUGCUCUCCCAGAACAUGCCCGAGUCUCCUGCGCCAAGUACUCCUUCAAAGGCUCUCAAGCAGCUCAGCGGACGCGAGUCUCCAAAGGCCAAAGCCCCCUCAGCCGGACUGGGAGAUCCUUCGACAUCCUCGCACCCUUCGAUUCCGUCUCUAGAUCCCACUUCUCUACCAUUUCCCUCUCCGUCACUAUUUGUUGAACCGCUACGUAUUCGGACUAAACCUGAAGAUUUGGACCCAGUUCUGAUGCCCAGCCUUCCCAGGAGGUCGAGUAAGCGCAACACAAUUGCGACUGAGGGAGCAUCAUCGCCACUGCCGCCGAUCUCCAGUGCGAGCCCCAUAACGCCAAAAACAAAUCAAGAGCACGAGUCACUUUCUCGCAAGACAUCUAGAACUCCCACGGAGCCAACAACGCCGAAGCAUAAUAAGAGAGCAUCGCUUGAUGAGAAGAUCCAAGAUCUGCUCACCAGCUUACCGACCAAGAUCCGAUUAGCAAAAGACAGUGACUCCUUCAACAUCACACAACCAUCAUCCAAUUCAUCGACCCGUGCUUCAACUCCCACGCCGGCGUUGACUCUAUCGGCGGUUAGAAAUGAGCCAACAAGCCGCAAGAGUAGCGUUGGUGACUCGGAGAUCCGUUUGUACCACCUUACUCGCGCAGGACAAGCUCGCGAUGCUCCUCCGGUGAAACUUUUUGUCCGCACUAUUGGAGAUGGCAAUCGAGUGAUGGUUCGUGUUGGAGGAGGGUGGGCUGAUUUGGGAGAAUAUCUCAAAGAAUACAGUCUCCACCAUGGAAGUCGAACUACCGGUGAUGGCCAACUUGAAGUCGCUAGCUUUCCAGUCAAUGGAAAGAGAGAAUCUGUGGGUUCAACGAAUGCGAAUGGAGCCUCGGGCACUAAGGAACGACGAAAGUCAAGAUCACCUGUGAUUGCUCAGACUGGCUUCGAGAAUAAUAGUCCAUCCAAGUUGCAAGUCAUGAAGCCUCGCUCCGUACUGAUCAAGCCACGACCUGCUGACCGUGGUGAUACUUCCGCGAAAGAUGAUGUUACCUGGACGCCUCCGCCCGUGCCUGCAAUUCCAGCAUCAUUCACCACGAUUUCUCCUACCAUGAGAACCACGACAAGCUCUGAUGGGGCAGCAAAUACUGACAUUAUCGAUUCUGACCCGAAUAUCCUACCAAUCGCAUUGUCUUUUGCGGAUCCCGACACACCCUCCGGGAUGAGAUCGUCAACUAUUCUCAGCGAUGACAGCACGACGACAACCACUGUGGUAACUCCUCCAACAACAAGCAAUACCAAUUACACCCCCCUUGGCGCUGCUGGACCCAAGAUUAACAGCAAGAGAGCAACUACUUAUGGGGGAUUGCCUACAGCUAGCCGUGAUGCUUGGGUUGAAGGAAUAGUCGGGAAAGCUAGGGCUGUCAGUGGCGGAUCUCAAGCCAUCACAAAUGGCCCUACCACGACUACGACGACCACAACCACGAUCUCCUCGACGCCGAAGAGUCGUCGCGCUUCUCUCUUUAGUUCCAGCCCUAGGUCAAGUCCUACUAGUGUUGGAACCAUCUCGCCGAGUACGAGCACGGGGUCAGCGGACACUGGCCUAAAGAGUCGUCCAACGAGUUUGAUGCCUGUAUCUCGGCCCAAAAACCGCAUGAGUCUGGCAGAUAUUGGGGGAAUCAAGCGAGUCUUUUUGAGAAAGAAAACUGGCGAUCCAGCCAAAUGA